AUCAUCAGUGCGUGCGGUCCCAUAGGAUUCACUCAUCUGUCUGUCACCAGAGCACCGACAAUCUUGAGAACAGCAGAACGGCAGGUCCUGGUCGCAUUGUCAUCAGGCAGCGGAAAAGAUCAUGGCGGACAACGAGCAGCGGGCGAUCAAUCUAUUGGCUGAGGCCGAAUCAAAACUCAAGCCCGCGGGGUUCAUAUCCGGAAUUUUCGGAGGCGGUAACAGAUCGGAGGAGGCAUGCGAACUCUUCACAAAAGCCGCGAAUUCCUUCAAAAUGGCGAAGAAAUGGAGUAGCGCCGGAAAUGCCUUCUUGAAGGCUGGUAACAUCCAAAUCAAGGCGGGGAACCGCCAUGAAGCAGGGACGAACUUCGUCGAUGCGGGCAAUUGCUUCAAGAAGAGUGAGCCCCUGACAGCGGUCGAAUGCUACCAGAGAGCAAUCGAAAUCUAUACGGACAUGGGCCGAUUCAACAUCGCAGCGAAACAUCACGUCUCCAUAGCCGAACUUUUCGAGAACGAGCUCAAUGACAUCGACAAAGCAAUCGUCCAUUACGAGCAGGCGGCCGAGUACUACAAAGGCGAGGAAAGUCAUUCCUCGGCCAACAAACUCCUUCUGCAGGUGGCGAAAUACUCGGCGCAGUUGGAGAAAUACGAUAAAGCAAUCGAGAUCUACGAGCAGGUGGCAACCACUAACCUGGAUUCGUCUCUGCUGAAAUAUUCCGCCAAGGAACAGUUCUUCCGCGCGGCCUUGUGUCACCUUUGUGUGGAUACCCUCAAUGCAACUCACGCACUUAACAAAUACGAUGAGAUGUAUCCAAGUUUCGCAGAUUCACGCGAAUAUAAACUCAUCAAGACCCUCAUCGCGAAAUUGGAGGACCAAGAUCUCGAUGGAUUCACUCAGGCCGUCGCCGACUACGAUAGUAUUUCUCGGUUAGAUCAGUGGUAUACGACGAUGUUGCUCCGCGUCAAGAAGACACUCCAGGGAGAAUCAGAUUUAUGUUAAAGGAGUCGUUCUCAAGGAAGUCUGAUGUGAUCAUCGUUGACGCAGUGUCGGGAGAUUUUUGUCGAGCGGCUCGGCCGCUCACGAGUCGGAGCGUCGGCAGUUUGUUUAGCCAGCCUGUUAUCACACCUCUGUGCGUCUCUUUUUGCUCCCUCAUUUGAGCAUGCCCAGUUUAAUUAUAUAUAUCUAUAAACGAGAACAGAUGCCUAAGUUCACUUGAUAAGAGUGGGAUUUUGUUUAUGUUCAUCAUUGUUUUACACGCUGUUUGUUGCAUCAAUAAAACAGCCAGCAAGUCCAGAUGGA